UGUGAGAGUCUCACUUACUCCAUAGAAACGCUUCAGUCUCCUUCCUUUCCAUCUAUGUUCUUCAAAAUCCAAAUGGGUUUUCAGGAAAUGAAGUUCUAGCAAUGAUUUCAUGGCUUUCCUGACAUUCAAAAAUGCUUUCUUUAAGGGAUUUUUGGAGAAGGCAUAGAAGGGAAGGCUUUUGUUGCGGGAGCUUUGGGAAGUGGGUAUUUUUUGUAUAGGAUUUAUGCUUCUCAUACACAGAGGAUUUCUGAUUUGGAGACUCAAAUCGACAGCCAGCAUGAAAUCGAUGAGCUCAUUAAGGCCCAGGGGAACAUUUGGAUGCUGGCAUGAAAUUGCUAAGGCUGUUAUGGCAUGAAAGGGCCCUCCUGUCAAUGGUCAGUCUACUGUUCAGCUCCAAACAAGCUAUUGAUUGUUGUGCUUCCAAUGAAUGCUUUCUUUCGGGAUAGUAUUUUCAAUUGGAUCACCCUAUAAUACCAUCAAUUGGAUCAAGUGAGUUUCUUUUGAGUGCCAAGGAGAACAUGAAGAGGCCCAAAGCUCUCAUAUGUGGGAACAUAGUCAAGUUUGUGCACCGAAAGGCCCUCAAGGAUGUUAGAUUUAAAGAUUAUUCAAUUCCAUGUGGAUGGAAGGUCCUCCUAGUUUUCAGUGCUGUACAUCUAGACAUAUCUCUUCAUGGAAGUGUCCUUGAGUUCCAUCCUUGGAGAUGGGAGCUUUCUUCGGCCAUUGAAGAAAGAGAGAGACUAAUAAAGGAUGUUAUUGCAUGGAAAAAGCAGAAGAGUGGGGAAGCAGAGGGUGGAAAGGCACAUGAUUCCCUUGUCAAGGUACACAACUCUCCUUGGCAUUUAUUUGUCCAUUAUGCAGUCUAUAUUGAUAGCUAGAGUCAUCCCUUUCUG